UAUUUUUCAAUUUGCCUUUAAUAUAUAAUUUAAAUAUAUAAAUAUACAUAUAUAUAUAUAUAUGUGUAUAUAAGCCACAAAUAAGUUUAUAUUGUUGAUUCGCCUAUUGCAACUUUUGAUUGAAUUUAGUCUUUAAUGAUCGUUACUAAACGCAAAAUAAAUGAUUGGAAUGUUAGGUAUUGGUCAUAUAUCAUAUAUAAUUUAUAUAGUCAUCUUGGAAUGGUUGUUCGAAGUAUAUUUUUGUUUACUGUUUCCAUUAAUUUAUUUAUUAAAACUUAGCUCGCAGUAGUUCUCUUCUUGAAGUGAGACAGUAGUAUUACUGGUAUACACUAUAUAUUUAUGAGUUGGAAAAAUUAGCCCAGAUUAUUGGAAAGGUGACAUGAUCUCUUAUCAGUGGUUAAUGACCACAUGACAUUUCACCGAAUACAAUAGUGUUCACAUCAAAUUAAAUGUUGAAAGCAUGAUAGUAAAUAAAACAUUUCAUUAUCAUAAAAAUCCACUUUAGACUUGAUAAUGUGCGUUUAUAAACAAAAAUAAGUCCAAACAAAAAAAGUUUUUUCUUAAAAACGGUUCAUUAAUUUAUCACAAACUAUAAAUGUUUUACAAUAUCAAGCAGUUGCAAAUUAGUAUUUUCAUAACAAUUUAUAAGAGACUUGAUUCCCUUUUGACUGCAUUUCUGUCUACAAAAUAAUGAAGUAUUAACAGAGUAUUCCUCCCAUCUAUGUAUAUGUAUUUAAAUAGUCAGUUUUUAAAAGAAUGAUGGACCAACAAAAAAUGUUGUUGGCCAACGUCUGAUUGAGAUGGACCAAAGGAGAGAUGAUGGCACAUGGUGAGGGGGUUGGAAGAAUGUGAAGAAUGGAUAGGGUGAUAUGGAGUUACGUAUAAUAAGGUAUAUUUUGAUUAUUUGAAAUGUAGAAUAAUGGUGUUUGUGUGUGUAUAGAGUAGAGUUGUUUUCAAUAACAUGGUCAUCUUUUGUUUGGUUAUAGCGAGCAAAUUAAUUUGAUGUGUGAUCGAAUGGACUCUAUAAAUAGUGGUUUUGUGGUCGUACACAUAUCAAUAUCCAUGUCCAUGUGAACGUCACAUUCAUCAUAGUUGUACAUGUGAUGAAGAUGACUAACUAUCAACUAUUUAUCUACUCUUCCGAGAAUAAGUGAAUCUCUUGGAUCAUAAUGCUUAAUCCGAAUAGAACUUUCAUUCAUAUGCUUUUUGAGAGUAUAUUUUUCAUCAUUUAAGUUAGAGCAUUUUCAAACAUUGCUAUUUCCACUUUUAUAAUAGCAUUUAGAGAUUAAAUUGCUCCAACCCACCUCUAUUUUUUUUUCUAUAAUAGAGAUCUCUAUUUAUUCAUCUAUCUAUAGAGGAAAAAAUAGCAUUUUCUAUUUUUUGCUAUUUUUUAUUCUACAUUUAGAGAUUGCUAUUUUAAAGAAAUACAUUAGAACAUAUAUCACCUCUAUUAUAGAGUUCUUUUAUUUUAACUCUAUUUUAAAAGUGAAAAUAGCAAAAUACAUUGGAAAUGAUCUUAUAAAUGUGAUGAAAGAAUCGAAUAUGAAAUUUGGAGUUGGGAAAUCCUUUGGACUUUAAGACAUCUUGAGAGUGUUCAAGCCAAGCAUAAAUAAUUUCAAUAAAUUCAAAUAAAAAACAAAAUAAGUUUAAACUGCACUAAACUAUGUAGCAAGUUAAAUUUAGUUUGUCUAUGUAACUAAGCUAUGUACCAGUUAAAUUUAGUUAGUCUAUGUCACUAAAUUUAGUUUAGUUCAAACCAAAACCAUUUUUUGUAACAACCAAAACCAAAUUAAAACUCAAAUUUCAACAUAUAGGCUAAAGCAAUCAAGCGUUCAGAAUACUGGCAUGUUGUAGACUUGUAGAUAUAUAUACAAGAGCUGUUUGAAAAACUUUGGUUUAAGGAUAAAAAUAACGACCGAGUAAAGCUAUUCGGAUUGAACCGGUUAAAUAACGAGGGGGCCACAAUAGAAACUAAUGAUUGUGGUGGGAGCAGAAGAGGCAGGCAAAUGUAGGCAUCACUUGUGACAGGUGAAAUAGGGAAGAAAAUUAUUCAUUAAUACUAUUUGUCUCUUUUUUUUUUCUUUUUUUUUGCAGAUGAAUUUUUCAGUUUUCUUAUUAUUCAUUUCGCAAUAUCAAAUACUCUGAAUAGCUACUCGGUCACAUUGUUAUUGCCAUUUAUUAUCUCUUUGUCUAGUUUUCUGUUCGUCUCGAAAAACGUUUAUCCACAAAAUUCAAAUUUGAGCCGGUUUUUUUUGUACUUUGCAUUAUUAAUGGGCUUAUUGGCCAAAUAGCUAUAUUUGAGUGAUAAAUAAAAUGAGUAGCAUUGAUUUUGACAUAAUUUAAUGUCAGACUCUUUGAACACAUUUCAGCCGGUUCUGUCCUUUUUCAUAACAGGUUUCCAGUUGCAAGUGAAAAAUAGGCGACGUCUUUCUUUUUGUAGCGUAUUUAUAAUCACAUAUCAAACAUCCACGCCACAUGUUCAUUAACCACAUAUAUACAUCGAUUGUUCUAUUCCAUAUCGCCGAAAUAGUAUAAAAUUAUAACUCCACUCAUAACCCUAAAUACUAAACAUUAUCUCAAUCCCUAUAUACUGAACCAUAAAUCUCAAUCACUAUGCAACACCUAAGUACUAAACAUUACCCAAACCCCAACAUCUAAAAAAAAUAUAUGGUAAUAUACAUAUGCACGUAUUGUUCUAUUCCAUGUCACUUAAAUAGUAUAGAAGGACGCAACAACAUCCACAAUCCUUAAAUACUAAACACUACCCUCAAUUCAUAAAUACGAAACUCUAAACCCAAAUUACUAAACUCUAAUUAUUAAACUCUAAACCCAAAUAUAAAUUAUAAACCUAAGUAUAAAUCCUAAACCCAAAUAGAAUGGAACAAAAUACAUAACAUAGUAUAUUAGUGAAAUUAUGAAACAUAUAUGAUUUCAUGGAAUAAAUUAAUGUUGACCCCAAUCAUAUCCUUCACCUACUAAAUACUAAAUCCAAAAUCCUAAUCACUAAACCAUAAACCCAAAAAUAAACUCUAAAACCAAAUAGGAUAGAACAAAAUACAUAGCACAGUACAUAUAUUGGUGAAAUUAUGAAACAUGUAUGAUUGCAUGGAAUAAGUUAAUGUUGAUCCCAACCAUACCCCUCACCUACUAAAUACCAAAACCAAAACCCUAAUCACUAAACCCUAAAGCCAAAUAUAAACCAACUCUAAUCACUAAACCCUUACCCAAAUAUAAAUCCUAACUCAAAUAUAACCCUAAACUCAAAUAGAACGGAACAAAAAUAAAUGACAUAGUGGUGAAGUUAUGAUGUAUAUAAUUACAUGGAAGAAGUUAAUGCUAACUUCAACAAUACCCCUUCACCUUCUAAAUACUAAACCCUAAACUAUAAUCACUAAACCCUAACCUAAAUAUAAAAUCUAAACUCAAAUAUCAAAAUAUAAAAAAUACAUUAUAUUAUGUAAUAUUAAACUAUACAAUAUAUAUCAUAGUGGGAUUUUUACAUGUUCAAAAACAUGUAACAAGAACUUUAAAAAAAUUAAAAACUAUAUUUCUAAACAAAAUAAAACAUAUUUUAGUAACAAUUAAAUGGAAUGGAACAUAAUAAAAUAGUAUAGUAGAAAAAUAUACACAGUUCAUAUUUUGUACAGACACCACACGAGUCUUUGAAACUCUAUUAUCCACUACAACCCUUCACCAUCAAUAUAGACAAUACAAUUUCAUCAAUAAUUCCAAAAUUUUGAGAAGGAAAAGAGGCUCGGAUUGCUCCUUCUCUACUUCAACUGUAACACGUCGUCUCACAAGCGUUUUCUAAGAUGUGAAGACAAUUAAGCCAUAAUUUAUUUUUACAUAUAAUAAUUAUUAAUUUUAAUUUUUUUUCUCUACAGGUUACGCCGGUUGCAAGAAGGGACAAUACUGUAUUAUUAUAUAUCUAUGACGGUGUGUAUAGAAAAGUUAGGGAAAUUGGUUGUUUGGUGAAUUAUGCUUUUUUUCUUUGCUAUACAGCCUAAUUCCCCAUUAUUAAUCAUGCCAGUUUCUCUUUUAACUAUACAUUAUGAUAGUUGCGAACCAUUUUUCAAAUGCACAAGAAAUUCCGAAUUUUCUGGAAAUCGAACUCUAUACUGGUGUAAAAACUUUUAAUAUUUGACCAUUAGACCACAGUGUUUUCACAUGUACUCUUUUUUUAACACAACGAUUUUUGUUCGCGCUAUCAUCAUUUCAUUAUCAUAACAAUCAUCCACUUUAGACUUGAUAAUGUACGUUUAUAAACAAAAAAUAAGUCCAAACAAAAAAGGUUAGCCCACAAGGCCAAUAAGUAAAAGAUCAAUAGCCACAUAGAGGUGUGUUGUAGAUUAGAAUUUGAGUAUCGAUGAUUUCGAUAGCAUGACUAGGGAACCCAAUGGGUCAAUGAGCUAGUAGUUUUGUGAGAUUAGACGUUGGCUAUUAGUGACUUUGUAACUUUAUUUCUCUGUAUUUGUGAAACUAAUCGAAACGUUGAACCAAUGGACAAUAGUUUUCUGAAGGGCCCAUGAAAAUACAAACAUUUUGUUGUAUGAGAACACUCUAAAUUUUUGAACAAAAAAAAAAAAAAAAAAGAACACUCUAAAUUUUGUCCAAAAAAAAAAGAGAACACUCUAAACAAAAGAUUAAGUUUCUGUUUAAAAUUGUAAAUGUAAAACAUACUCCCUCCGUUUUUUUAAUAUAAGUCGUUUUAGAAUUGUACACAUAGAUUAAGAAAUCAUUAAUUUUUUAUAUUUUCUAAAUAAAAACAUCAUUAAUUAUUUACCUAACCACAAAUCAAUCAAUAAUAAAAUAGAAAGUAUAUUAUCUUUGGUCAUAUAACAUUAAGUAUUAAUAAAUUUUAUAUAGAAAACCGAAAACUUCAUAUAAUUUGGAAUAUAAAAAUUCUUCUAUAACGAAUUAUAUAAAAAAACUGAGGGAGUAUCUAACAGAUCACAUAGAAAGUCAUGUAUUUGAUACAUCGAGAUAAAUAAAUUCAAUUUUGUAACAGCUGUAUUUUGUAUCAAUAUUUAUAUAUGAGGGGGUCCAUAAUAAAAUCACUAAAUUCAAGAUAUCGGAUGCUUCAUAAAACAGAAACUAAUCACCCUCUAUUAAGUCUACUAAUCAAUGAUUAGUUAAUCAAACUUGUAUUACAAAGACGAAACUAGUAAUUGAUGCGUUGAACCGUACAGUGUUUUCAGUUACGUACAUAAUCUUUGAUUAGUCCAAGGCAAAGAUACGGUCUAGUGAUACUUAAAUCAUGUUCAAAUUCAAUGUUACAUGUAAUCAAUAGUGUAGCAAAAUAUCCAUAAGAAAAUUAAUCACAUCAAUAUUAGUCAGGAGACAAGAUAAACAAAGUUGUCUGGAUUAUGCCAGACAGUUAGCAUGCAGUCAUGCGUAGUCGCGUAGGUCGCUCCACAUCCUCGUUUGCUACUCCUUUUCUUUUUUCUUUUCGAAAUUUUAAUUUGUCUAAUACCUACGUGUAUUUGGAAAAUGUUUAUAACAAGUGGAUUUGACAAAAAUAAAAUAAAGUUAUUUCAGUGGACAGGAAAACUGAGGGAACAUGAACUUUGGAGAAAGCACAAUUUCAAGACUCGUCUCUGAAAAUGUUCUAAAAAGACUUGUCUGUUCAUAUACUUUUUGCUUCAAAUAACAUUGCAUUUUUUUGUAACAUAAAACAUAUCAUUAUCGACAAUUCAUUGUAACUUACUAGGAUUAAUAUGUUUGUUGAGUUAAUUAGUUUCUUCGGAAAAUUCAAAUGCUCUUGAUUAUUGAUACUUCUUGCACGUUGUAUUUUUUUAUACUUCUUACUUCUUAGGGUAUUUGAACGUAGAUUUUGAUUUCUCAACAAAAAAUGACCACAUAAUUUUCAUUUGUACAUUAAAAGAAAAAUAUAACUGCGAAUUCGUACAGAUAAAAUAAAAUCUAAUUAAAAAUUGUUUCAUCUGUAAAUCAUAAUUUUUAAUCUUGACUACUGAUUCAACAGUUCCCCGUAUUUUAUGAUUUUGUAUUUUGAAAUGUGAUUAAUUAAGCAAAGAGAUAUGUCUACUACAUUAAACAUGUUAAGUUGUAUGGUUAAUUUAGUGGAGACUUUGAAGCAAGGCCAGGUUCAAGUUAUGUUUGAUUGCAUUUGCAUGGUGGAACACGAGAAAAGACAUGUGGGAUUGUGUUUUACAUCCUCUUAGUGUGAUAAUUGAUAAUUGUAUUAGUUUUGUUCGAUUGUCGAAACUUAGAAAGUAAUAUUCCAAUUUCUUGGGUGUGAUGAAGUCAUUAAUAUGCAUUUUAUCGGUUUUUAUCAUAAGUGUGUAAUAUUUUAAACAUAUACUGUAUUGUAUUAACUGAAAAUUUAACCAUGCAUGCAUGAAUCCACAAGUUCUCUACAUAUACACACCCUCCACAAGUGUAUUCUCCUUCAAAUCACUUCUGCUUAUUAGCUUACCCUAAAAAAAGACAGAAACAAAGUUUCAGUUCUGCUACUUCUGUUCAACAGAUAAGUUAUUUGGAAGCCUAAAAAUGGAAACGAAGAGGGAGAUGAUGAGCCCAGAGAGAUCAAAGCAGAAGAAGAGAUCAAUAAGUAGAAGAUUGGGAAAGUAUAUGAAAGAACAAAAGGGAAGGAUUUACAUCAUCAGAAGGUGUGUGGUCAUGCUCCUUUGUUCGCAUGACUGAACCAUUAAAAAAGUGUAUAAACAAUGGCCAAGUUCAAAUGUAUGUAUGCAUGUUACAUGCGUGUGUAUGUGUGUUUAUGUGUGCAUGUGGGUAACUAGUUAAGUGAGGGAAGAUCGUGUUAGAGUAGGGUAAAAACCGGUCUGCUUGGUUUAAUUUUGUGAGUUCUACCGAAUUGUAUAUAGUGUGUGACCUCAAUCCAUCGUUGGUUGUUCUUAAACUAAUAUUUUACAUUGUGCAAUAAUUUCAUACUUUUUCAUAAUUUAAGAAUUAUAUCGUAUGAAUAAGUUGUGAUAGUUCAUCAGAUUGAUUUAUCAAGAGAUACAGAAUAACAAUGUUUUGGACUCGAGUUUCAUUGACCUUUAGUUAUAUAACUACAAAUACGCAGAACACAAAUUUUCAAUCCCAUAGUUAGUCAAAAAUAAUGACCACUACUUCAGAUAAGUGCUUCUUCUACUACUUGCAAAGUUGCAAUACCGCAUGAUUCUUCAUCAUCAUUGGAAGAACUCUCUGAAUGAGCAAGCCUUUCGCUUGCGCUUUAAGUCAUCUGCAACACCAUCAUCGUAUUGUUUGUCCCUAUACCUCUCUUGUGAGGAGGUCUCAAAGCCUGGUGUUUGAAAAAUCGUGAUACUCUCGUCAUCCCUAUUUCUGAAAGAAAAGCAAAUAGAACCUCUCUCCGUACAAGGGAAGAACAUAAUCUUUUAUAUCUUUUUAAAUUUUAAUAACGUUUAUAAAUUUCACGAUAUUUACUACUUCCUUUUUUUUGCUUGGAUAACAAAGUCUAAAUUGUGGAAUGAAAGGUAGAUAUUGCGAGUUUUUAACACAAAUUUAUUUAACGACAAAAAAAGACACAGAUUUAUUAAUUUUAAAAUUAUAUAAAAAACUAAAACUUGUCAAAGAAACAACUUUAAGUUUACAAUGAGAGUCCUAUACGAAACUUCUAUUAAUGUCAUAAUAAAUCACAAUGUAUUACUAUGUUAUUUCCCCACUAAUGUAACAAACCAGUCGAGAGAAAUAAACAAAUAUCUGGUAGUAGAAUAAUCUCUAGAAAACAAAGGGAAUGAGAGCCUUGAUAUGCUUAGGGAAGUCAUCAAACUUA